AUGAGAGUAACUAAGGGCGCGUUCCACCAGACCGUUGAGAAUGGCAAAACUCUCGCAGAGGGGAAGGGCGAAAAUACCUACAGUGCCUCUUUCUUUGAGUGGUUUGCUGAGGAGGCCGUCCGUACAUACGGAGAACAAAUACCCGCAGCUACACCUGGAAACCGCAAUAUAGUAAUCAAGCAGCCAAUUGGUGUUGUGUCGAUUCUUACCCCAUGGAACUUCCCGUCGGCCAUGAUUACCCGCAAAUUAGGUGCGGCAUUAGCUGCAGGCUGUACAGCAGUCAUCAAGCCCCCUCCCGAGACACCCUUCUCUGCUCUGGCACUCGCUGAGCUUUCAAAGAGGGCUGGGAUUCCAGAUGGUGUCAUCAACAUCGUCACUACGCAGAAGAACGUCAUCGAAGUCGGCAAAGAGAUGUGCGAGAACAAGGCGGUGAAGAAGGUAAGCUUCACCGGGUCUACGCCUGUUGCAAAGUUGCUCGCGGGUUUGGCUUCGACCACAUUGAAAAAAGUCUCGCUGGAAGCCGGUGGAAACGCGCCAUUCAUCGUUUUCGACGAUGCGAAUAUCGAUGAAGCCGUAGAAGCCGCCAUCCUCUGCAAAUUCAGAGGCAGCGGGCAAACAUGCGUCUGCGCUAACCGCAUCUAUGUACACUCUUCUGUCUACGCCGACUUUGCAUCGCGUCUCGCCGACCGCGUGGCCAAGUUCAAAGUGGGCAACGGGCUCGAAGAGGGAGUAACUCAUGGACCUCUAAUCCACGCGCGCGCCGUCGAGAAAGUCGAGCGGCACGUCAACGACGCGGUACAAAAAGGCGCACAGGUCCUCGUAGGCGGCAAAGUCCUCGCCCCCUCCUCCUCCGACACCUCAGGGCCCAACACAUUCUUCCUCCCAACCGUGCUCUCGGACGUACCAACAGACGCGCUGAUCAACACAGAAGAGACGUUCGGGCCCGUCGCGGCGCUAUGCAGCUUCGAGACGGAGGAGGAGGUCAUCCGCCUCGCGAACGCGACGGACGUCGGGCUCGCGGGGUACUUUUUCUCGCGCGAUGUCGGGCGGGUGUGGCGCGUGGCGGAGCGGCUUGAGGUGGGCAUGGUCGGUGCGAACACGGGGAUUAUCAGUCAGGCUGUGAUUCCGUUCGGCGGGAUCAAGGAGAGCGGGCUGGGCAGAGAGGGCGGGCAUGGGAUUGAGGAGUAUUUGAAUACCAAGUUGAUUGUGUUUGGCGGGUUGGGUGCUUGA